UUGUCGCUUCAUGUUCGGCGGUACACAUGGUCGUCUUCGCUUUGGACCGCCACAAGCUUUCAGUCCGUUGGUUGAGGCUCUUUCGUGUGAACUGGAAGUUUCUGAAUGCUUUUCAUUCGGUGACUUGCCAAAAAACACUUAUUCGGGUCCUUCGACCUUACAUCAAAAUAUGGAAGCAUUCGUACCAACACCGGUGGAUAUCUCUUCGACAGUAUUGCCACAUUUUGCGAUGGAUAUACACCAGAAGUUGGCCGAAAAUUUGCAUGAGCUAUGGGCUAUGCGAAAAAUUGAAUUGGGUUGGACGUUCGGUGAACAACGCGAUGAAAGCCAACGCCAACAUCCAUGCUUAACGUCAUUCGAGUUGUUGCCGAUGAACGAAAAAAAUUACAAUGUGAAUCUAGCAAUCGACACAAUGAAGACUAUUGAUGCGCUCGGUUACAAUAUGGUCACUGAAAAGCCCCCGGUACGCUUACGUCCAGUUCGAUUGCCACAAAACUAUCAGCAAUUCAACGGCUACAAACCUCAACCGCUGGAUGCACGUGAAAUCGUGCUUGGUGACGAUAUGAAGCCUCUAGUGGACGCAUUGGCCAAGAAUACGCACAAUGUGUGGGCGAGAGAGAAGAUUAAACGUGGCUGGACAUUUGGUUUGAAUGAAUAUGUGGACUCGAAUCAGAAACGUAGUCCGCAUCUGUUGCCCUAUGAAAUGGUCGAUCAACGUAUCAAAGACGCGAAUCGUGAAUCUGCGAUUGAAUUC